UGAACUUUUUUGACAUUUUGACAGUGCUAGGUAGUUGUUAUUUGUUUUGACAUAUUGCGAUAGUCGGCAAAAGUUAACAAUUGUUCUCAUAUCAGUUAUGUGAUAUGUCCUAUCAAUAUAGUUAUAACUCGUUGAAAUCGUGGCACAUUAUGAUUUUAAAGGCGUUAUGUUAAAAUCUAUAAUAAUAAGAAAAAUAGGAAUCUACAAUUUUAUAAAUCACAUUAGGUAGCAAGAUGUGGUCAAUAAUUAUUUUAAUAAUAUACUGUGUUAUUGCUUAUUUAAUCACUGACGAAUUAAUACCAAAGUUAAAGCAUUUAUUUAUUAAUGCUGGUUUAUAUGGCAUAGAUUUAUGCAAAGUCUCACAAGAGAAAAUUCCAGAAGCCCUUGGUGUUGUGUCGGGAUGUAUAUUUUUGGUUACAAUAUUCUUAUUUAUACCAAUAGCUUUUGGAAAUGAUUUGAUGGAUAGGGGAAGCUUUCCCCAUAAUGAGUUUGCGGAACUACUAGCAGCUUUACUCUCUAUAUGUUGUAUGUUGCUACUGGGCUUUGCUGAUGAUGUAUUGAACCUCAAGUGGAGAUACAAACUUCUCCUGCCAACAGUCGCAUCACUCCCAUUGUUGGUUGUGUAUUAUGUUAACUUCAACUCAACAACUUUUGUUGUGCCACUCCCAUUGAGGCAUUUUUUUGGAGUUUCUGUGAAUAUCGGUUUUCUGUAUUAUAUAUAUAUGGGAAUGCUGGCGGUUUUCUGCACAAAUGCAAUUAAUAUUUUAGCUGGAAUAAACGGCCUUGAAGUAGGCCAGUCACUAGUUAUAGCUUUGUCCAUAAUAAUUUUCAAUUUACUUGAGCUAAAAGGAGAUCAAUUCAAAGCUCACUACUUUUCAUUGCAUAUUAUGAUACCUUACCUUUCUACUACAUUGGCUUUAUUCAAGCAUAAUUGGUACCCUUCAAGAGUAUUUGUUGGUGAUACCUUCUGUUAUGUGUCAGGGAUGACAUUUGCCGUAGUAGGCAUACUUAGCCACUUUAGUAAGACUGUCCUUUUGUUCUUCCUACCCCAAAUUAUAAAUUUUUUGUACUCAGUACCACAACUAUUUCAUAUUAUCCCCUGUCCAAGACACAGACUACCUAAGUAUAGCGCAGAAACAAAUUUGCUCCAAGCAAGCAGGACAGUUAUUCCAAAAAAAGAUCAGAAAUAUCUUAGCAAAAAAAUUGUAGUGGUUCUAUCAUUUUUUCAUUUAAUUGAUAAACUUGAAGAUGAUGCAUCUAUAGUUAUGAAUAAUAUGACACUGAUUAAUCUGUUUUUGAUUAAGUUUGGGCCAAUGUCUGAGGUCAGAUUGACUGUAAUGUUACUAAUGUUUCAAGUGUUAUGUACAUGUGUAGCAUUCAUUAUAAGGUAUCCAUUGGCUUCAUAUUUUUAUGAUAUUUAACAAUUUGUGAUAACUUAAUAGAUUAAUAUAAGAAUUAAGAAUAAUUAUUUUAUGUGGUGUAUAUGGUUUUAAGCUAAAAAGUCUAUUCUGCCGUACAUACCUUUAAGUAUAGAAGUGGAUGAGCUAAUAGAUUUUUUGUUUUGUCUAUUUAAUUGUUUAACCCAAGGAAACUUUUCAUACAUUGACUAUUCUAAAAAGCUCGUGUCUGAUUACUGACACUAUCAAUAUAGUGUUUGUCGCUUAUUACAAAUGUGAUUUUCUGUAAAAUUUUG